UCCGGAAUAAUUUUUCCUUAACAGGAAAAGCCCAAAAUUCCCGUUGACGAAAGAGAGUGAUGUUCUUCUCUCCACCCCAUUUCUUGGAAGGUCCAAUCCCCGUGUCCGCCCGGUCUAUCUAAACCGGACAACUUCUUGGAGGAUUCAGCUGGGCGUUUCAACUCAGAAUCAACUCACCGGAGCUCUGCCGUUUCUUUUCUUUUAAUUUCCGGAGCAUCUGUAAAAAUCCUAGUCUGGGCUGUUGCUAAAUCCAUUUGAUUUGCUACUUUUGUUGUGUUUUCUAAGAGAAAUGGGUAACCGUACAAGCAGACAUAAGCAUGGUGAAAAGCACAGAUCAGAAGCUGGAAGCCAUCAGACUCACAUCGAGUACACAAAGUCACCUGGGCAGGGAGCUGGACUGCCUGUAAGGCCACAAUCAAUCCCAAAACCAGUUUCAAAGUCAGAUGCAAUUCUGGGUAAGGCAUAUGAGGAUGUUAGGGCACAUUACAGUCUGGGGAAAGAACUGGGUAGGGGUCAAUUUGGGGUUACCUAUCUGUGUACUGAGAUUAGAACUGGAAAGCAGUAUGCCUGCAAGUCAAUUUCAAAGAAAAAGCUUGUGACUAAGGGGGAUAAGGAUGAUAUGAGGAGGGAGGUUCAGAUUAUGCAGCAUUUGAGUGGGCAGCCUAAUAUUGUGGAGUUCAAGGGGGCUUAUGAGGAUGCUAAUUCUGUGUAUCUUGUGAUGGAGUUGUGUGCUGGUGGAGAGCUUUUCGAUCGGAUUAUUGCUAAGGGGCAUUAUAGCGAAAGGGCUGCUGCCUCUCUUUGCAGGUCUAUAGUAAAUGUUGUUCAUACUUGCCAUUUUAUGGGCGUGAUGCACCGCGAUUUGAAGCCCGAGAAUUUCUUGUUGUCUGAUAAAAGUGAAAAUGCUGCCUUGAAGGCUACUGAUUUUGGCUUAUCAGUGUUCAUUGAAGAAGGAAGGGUGUAUAAGGAUUUAGUCGGGAGUGCUUACUAUGUUGCUCCCGAAGUCUUGGGAAGAAAGUAUGGGAAGGAAGCGGAUGUUUGGAGUGCAGGUGUUAUGUUGUAUAUUUUACUCAGUGGUGUGCCUCCCUUCUGGGCUGAAACUGAGCGGGGGAUCUUUAAUGCUAUACUUAAAGGAGAACUUGACUUCCAAACAAAACCUUGGCCUUCUAUAUCGAGCAUUGCCAAGGACCUAGUACGAGGGAUGCUAGCCCCGGACCCGAAGAGACGCCUUACUGCUGCCCAGGUUCUUGAGCAUCCAUGGAUGCGAGAAGAUGGAGAAGCAUCUGACAGACCACUAGAUAGCGCUGUCCUCUCAAGAAUGAAGCAAUUCAGAGCAAUGAACAAACUAAAAAAACUUGCCCUGAAGUUUAUUGCAGAAAAUCUCUCAGAAGAAGAAAUUCAUGGACUGAAAGCAAUGUUUACAAAUAUUGACACUGACAACAGUGGUACAAUUACGUACGAAGAACUGAAGAAGGGAUUGGCCCAACUCGGGGCAAAUCUCACAGAGGCUGAAGUUAAGCAGUUGAUGGAAGCUGCUGAUGUAGAUGGGAAUGGCUCGAUAGACUACAUCGAAUUCAUCACUGCUACAAUGCACAAGCACAGGCUAGAAAGAGAAGAAAAUCUAUACAAAGCAUUUCAGUAUUUCGAUAAAGAUAGCAGUGGAUUUAUCACGAGAGAUGAACUCGAGACUGCUAUGAAGGAACACGGAAUAGCUGAUGCAGCAACUAUAAAGGAAAUAAUAUCUGAAGUCGAUGCAGAUCAUGAUGGAAGAAUCAACUAUGAAGAGUUUUGCACAAUGAUGAGAUCAGGAACCAAACAGCAAGCCAAGCUGUUCUAACACUCUAAACCAUCAUCUAAUGUUGACAUCUCUGUUUGAUGUAGAAUUUAACUUUGUCUUCUCAGCUAAGUUUAUGUUGGAGUUAAUGGCUACACUCUUGUAAAAGCUUGGGCAUUUGUAUUUUUCUUUGGUAUCUAAAUUGUGCAAAGGCAAUCACUCUCUAGCCACUUGUGAUUGUUUGAACAGCUUUAAACCAUUAUUCCAUGUUUUUUAAAGGCAAAGCAUUAUGUGAUCUAAGUGAAAAGAGCUUGAUUUCUCUCAAA